UUUCUGACUGCUGAUAAAGCCCCUUCAGCCAGCAUCAGCCCACAGCAUCCACGGACUCCUAAGAAGCGCUCGCCACCAAACUGAGGCUACAUUUGUUCUUCAACCUCACCGAAGCUUCACUAAAGCCAGAAUGGAGAGAACUAUUAGUCUGCUGAUUUCCACACUGGUCCUUCUUGUGGCUCCACAUGUCAACGCACAGUUUAACUUCACCAGGACAACCUGUGAGAUGUCCAAAGUGUGUGUCACGGAUCCCAAUAACUGUGACCCUGCGGGAAACAGCACCUGUCUUUUUGGAUCGUUGAAAGUCACGUCCCAAAAUCCUCCAAAUGGCUUCAACCUCUACAACGAGCUCAGUGGAAUGUCCUCGGGAUACAUCGCUCUGGGGCUCAAACCCGGACAGGGGAACACCACGCUGUACAUCUGUGGCAGGAACGACACCAACAAUGAGACUUUCUUUAGCACAAUGUUGCUCAGCGGUGAAAACAAUACGCUCACCAAGCUAAGCACGAGCAUGGCAAUGUUUCCUGGUAACAUGACUGCCGGUAAGAUCCAAUGUGUUUUCAAUGUUACCAACCUGAAUGCCACCACCUCAACCAGGAGCUCCCAGGACUCCACAUUCACUGUUGUGAUUGGAAAUGGAUCGGUAACAGAUGGUGUCAUCGGGAACUUUAUGAAAUUAAGUUCCAGAGGACCUCUGGACCUGAAUAAUCCGGCUAACACUACAGCUAACACCACAACCGUACCUACCACAACCAUGUCAGCUGCCACCUCUGUGAUGCCCUACCACGCUGUGCUGGUCCUGCUCGGCAUCCUGGGGAUGACUGUCCUGGGAACGGCAUAAAGAUGAAGACGAAGAACUGUGCUCUGACGACACAAUGAAGGCAGUCACUGAGACAACUGAGUGUCAAAGAAUGUUUUUAUUUACCCUCGGUCUGAAGAAAACACCAUGAAUUUCCGUUGUUGCACUUGAUAUUCUUGGACCUUAAUUAGUUCUAAAAUGCUCCUUUCCUAAACAUUUCUCUGAGCAUUAAAACACUUAAACGUGAAUCAGAAGGGGUUGAUUCUUAAAUGCAACAGGAAGUGAAACCUUAGUGACCUAAAGACAGCCUGCAUUCAAACAAAUCUUUGACUGAGAAGAUCUUCCAUGAACCCAAAAACUAAAAUGAAGGGAAGGGAACUGAUGCAGAUCCCUGAGCUGAAGACAACAUGGGCAUUUAUAACAUUAGCAUCCCUUUGAAGAACACAAACAACCAAUGAUGUGCUUUGGAAGUAGAAUGGUGUAGGUGAAUUUCAAGUCAAGAUGCAACAUUUUUAAUCAAACUUUCUGAGCGUCACCCCUAGAUGGCAGUCAAGCCAAACCAAAGAGUGGCUGACUAAUUAGCAUGAAGAAUGUUUUAAUGUUUAUCUUUAGUCUUAAAAUACUUUUGUCCUUCUUUACUGUUUAUAUUUCAGAAACUCAUUUCAAAAGCAUAUUGAUUGGAUAUAUAAUUCAUUAAAUUAUAUUCCCAAACUACUGGUUAUGAGUUUUUAAAUCAAGGGUUUUGUAUCUUGCCUGCAUGUUCAACUAAAAGCUUCAAAAUAUUUGGAAAACUUUGUGUUUUCUAUAAUCAAGAAUUUUACAACAUAUUUAUGUAAAAAAUAAAAUGUCAGAUGCUGAGAAAAAGACAUUUUGUUUCAUUUAGGGCUCAUUUGGGGUCUUUUUGAUGCAGGAUUGAUCUGAUUUUAACAAAACAGAAAAUUAAAUGAUAAAAUUUUCAAAGUACAAAAUGAAAAUAAAAUUAACAAGAGUCAACUAUAGACAGAAACAUCCACAAUGAACAUGUUUUUUUCUAUGUAUUUAGUCGUAAUUUAUUAUGAUCUUUUUAGAUAUAUUUGGAUGUUUAUAUGAUUAAAGUAAUUUGUCUUUGUUUCUAAUGUUGUAAUGACCUUUUUUUUAAAAAAGUCUGUUAACUCUGUGAUCACUUUUUGUAUCAGUUGAUAAAUCUUCAACCAAAUCC